GGCCGGCUAGGACCGGGAUCCCAGGAGAGGAGCGGCGGGCCCCGCCCAGAGCCCGAGCCCAGAGGGCAGGUCCGCAGGGCCGGAGCCGGGCGGUCCCCCAGCCGGUCCUGGGCGAGCCCCGCGGAGUAGCAGAUGAGCGGCUGGUGCGCGCAGCCGGGGACCGCGCCUGCGAGGGAAGUCGGCUGGGCACCUCCGCUCGGGUGCGAGGCGGCGGCGGCGGCGGACCCGACGGACGCGGCUGCGGGUAGGAGACAGGCGAGAUCCCGGGACAAGACCCGGACCCGACCUUAGCGCUUCUGCGCGGCGCGGAGAGUGGGGCUCGGGAUCGUCGCCAGGGCCGCCCCCUCACGGCCGGCGCCCCCUGCAGACCCGAGGGACUCGUUUCCAGGUGCUCGCAGCUCUCGGUCCGACGGCCACCAUGCCUCUGCCCCCCGGACCCCCGCGCCUGGACCGCCCCUGACGCCUGCGCGCCAUGGCUGCGCCCCAGAACUGUGACAGGGGCCGAGUGGCCUCCACCCUCCGCUACUGCACGUCUGUCAGCGGCACAGUGUUUCUGAUCGCCGGGACGCUCUGCUUCGCGUGGUGGAGCGAAGGGGAUAAGGGUGUUCAACCCAGCCAGCCGGCCCCACCCACUGGGUACCCUGCGCCCGAGGCCCCCAGCUCCUUGCUCAGGUCCAUCAGCUUCUUCUGCUUUGGGGCAGGCGGCUUGCUGCUGCUCCUUGGCCUGCUGUGGUCCAUCAAGGCCCAUGCCUGGGGGUCACCCCGAAGUGACCCAUAUCACCUCUCCAGAGACCUGUACUACCUCACUGUGGAGCCGUCGGAGAAGGAGAGCUGCAGGACCCCAGAGCUGGUUGCCAUCCCCACUUAUGAGGAGGCCGUGCACUGCCCACUGGUUGAGGGGCCCCUGGCACCACCUGCAUACCCCACGGAGGAAGACCUGCCGUGCAGCGCCUCCGGGGCUGCCCUGCUUGGGGACCCGCCCGCCUCGCCUCCGCCCAGCUACGAGAGUGUCAUCCCUGCUGCUGCUGCCAUCCCUGGAGAGACAGUACCAGCUGGUUCAGACCACAGUGGGAGGCGGGGAAAGGCCCUCGCAGGCCCUGAGUCCAGAGACAAAGCAUGAGCUUCUUGCAGUGCCUGCCACGGGGCCUGGCUCACAGCAGGCACUCCGCGGACGUUGGCUUCUCAGGGCUGUGUUAUCCUGUUGCUGUGUAACAAGUGCUUGAAGCGAAUCCCUUUCAUUCUCUCUCCCGGCUCUGGGGGCUUCCUGGGCCCAGCUGGUGGUUCUUCUGCCCCAUGCGAUGUGUGUGGGGCUGCCAUCUCGGGGGACCCGUGGGCCAGAGCGCCCAAGAGGGUGCACUCCGCCCGCUGGCAGGUAGGGCUGGCCGUCAGCUGGGAGAGUUUAUUGUGCAGAUGAGAAAAGGGGGGCCCUGAGGCAGAGCCAGGACUGGCCAAGGUCACACUGAGUUCAUAACCAGAAGGUCAUGGACUCUGCAUUCAGAACACGGUGCUGGUUCCGCCAUGGACCAGCGGAGUGACCUUAGACACGUGGCUUUUCCUCUUUCUGCCUCAGCGUGCUCACCCAUAAAAUGGGAAUUGGGAGUUACAGUGGCAUCACCUUCUGCCUCAGAGCUCGGCUGAGAGGAUUAAACCAGAUGCGAGCUGCUGACAUGGAAAGCCCACAUUGACGCUGCAGCUGAGUGCUAAUGCAUCUGAUAGGCAGUGUCUAUGGAGUGUGUAGUGAUUGUCAGAGUUGUUCACAGAGGUAAGCCCCACCCCCUCCACCCGAGGCACAUUCAGCUUCUGCUCCCAUAUCUCCCGGGACAGGGAGCCGGUUACCGCUCCUGCUUUCCUUCUGUCCAGCUACAUUAUUCAUCCCUACAUCUCUGUACCACCCCAUUCUCAGAUGAGCAAGCCAGCUUAGAGAGGUUAAGUAACCUUUCCGGGGUCACACAGCAAGCAGGGACUCAGAGUCCUGGGGCUCAGCUGGGCAUUCACCGAGGGCAUACUGUAUGCUGGGCCGCCCUCUGCCCUGGUUUUACAUCCUCAAGCCUGCUCUGCUGCAGGUGGUGUUCCCAUUUAACAGGCCUGGAGACUGAGCCUCAGGGAGGUAAAAUCACAGAGAAUAAAGGCAAAGCCAGAGCUUGAGCUGCCCUCCCUCCCUCCUCCCUCUCUUUCUCUCCCUCUGUCUCUCUCUCACACACACCAUAUGAAUCCUGAGGAUAUGGGUGGGGAUUGAUCUCUCUCU